UCCAUCAAUAUUUUCACCAUUUAUUUGGUUGUCGAGAAAAGAAAAAAAGAAUAUGGAAACCGUAACUUUGACAGGAUUACUUCACAAGGCUGCGGCCGAGUUCCCUACCAGGCGAGCUUUAUCAGUUUCCGGCAAGUUCGAUUUGACGCAUGCUCAAUUACAACACAUCAUCGAUCAUGCUGCUUCUCUCCUCAUCGCCUCCGGCAUCCAUCCCGGCGAUGUCGUCGCUCUUACUUUCCCAAACACCGUGGAGCUUGUUAUUAUGUUCUUGGCUGUAAUUCGUUGCCGUGCAACCGCCGCGCCGUUAAACUCAGCUUAUACUGCCGAGGAGUUUGAGUUUUACCUUUCUGAUUCAGAAUCCAAGCUGUUAUUAAUCCCAGCCGAAGGCAUCAAGCCGGCUGAAGCCGCCGCUUCCAAGUUGAACAUCCCUCUCGUAUCCGCCGCUCUCCAGGAUGAAAAUUCCAAAAUAACUCUCUCCUCCAACCCCGAGUCAAAUAUUGAUUCAGUCAAACAACUCGUUAACGACCCUGCCGACGUCUCUCUUUUCCUUCACACUUCCGGUACCACCAGUCGUCCCAAGGGUGUUGCUUUGACUCAGCUCAAUUUGGGGACUUCAGUUUUGAACAUUAAAUCGGUUUACGAACUCACUGAGUCAGACUCGACGGUCAUUGUGCUCCCGUUAUUUCACGUGCAUGGCUUGUUAGCUGGCUUACUGAGUUCACUCGUUUCCGGAGCUGCCGUCACUCUCCCGGCCGCCGGCAGAUUUUCUGCAUCGACAUUUUGGACGGACAUGAUUAAAUACAAAGCCACAUGGUACACUGCUGUCCCCACGAUACACCAGAUCAUAUUGGACCGCCAUGAGAGCAAUCCCGAACGUCCACGGUACCCCAAGCUAAGGUUCAUUAGAAGCUGCAGUGCAUCAUUGGCACCGAGUAUAUUAGAACGGCUAGAGGCGGCAUUUGACGCACCAGUGCUCGAGGCUUACGCCAUGACAGAGGCGUCUCACCUCAUGACAUCGAACCCGUUACUAAACAAUGGCCCACAUAAGGCUGGGUCGGUUGGGAAACCGGUUGGUCAAGACAUGGCGAUUUUGAAUGAACAAGGGGAGAUUCAGCCGCCUUAUUCUAAUGGGGAGGUUUGUAUUAGGGGAUUGAAUGUAACAAAGGGAUAUAAGAACAACCCAGAGGCUAAUAAAUCGGCUUUUCAAUUUGGUUGGUUCCACACUGGGGAUGUCGGGUUUUUUGACUCCGAUGGAUACUUGCAUCUUGUUGGUCGGAUCAAGGAGCUCAUCAAUCGUGGAGGAGAGAAAAUAUCACCAAUUGAGGUAGACGCAGUGUUAUUGGCUCACCCAGCUGUAACACAGGCAGUUGCCUUCGGUGUUCCCGAUGAGAAAUAUGGCGAGGAGAUAAAUUGUGCGGUGAUUCUAAGGGGAGGAAGCUUGGAUGAAGAAGAAAUCAAGAAAUAUUGCAAAAGAAAUCUUGCGAGUUUCAAAGUACCCAAGAAAGUUUUCAUCACGGAUUCCGUGCCGAAAACAGCUACUGGAAAAAUCCAGAGGAGGAUAGUAGCAGAGCAUUUCUUGGCUAAAACGUCUGCCGCUAAAGUACCCAAAUUUGGAGCUUAAAUUCAGCAUUGCUUGUCUAUUGCUUAGGUACAUAUUUAAGCGGCUGCAAUUUAUUGUUUGUGUAAAAGGGGAUUACUAAAGCACCAUGUUACUUGUAAUUCUGAUUAGAAAUUAUUGGAAAGUCUACAUUCAUAAA